AUGAAUUCCAAACCCCUCUAUUGCAAAAAGACAUACGUCAACUACACUGGCUUUGAUUUGAGGAGAAGUAUCGCCAUGAAAACAGACAUUGUUGUGAUUCCGGCUAAGCCGACUGAAACAACCAUUCCGACAUACACAACAACUACAAUUACAGUUUCCUUUGAAGUCGAGGGGAUAAAACACGGCUGGUCUCUCGUAUCUGAUUCUGGAAGUUGCUCUGGAGUUUGUGACCUUUCCAGUUCUCUUUCCACUCACACUAUUGCCAACAUCGUGCCUGGAACCAAAGUGGACAUAGGUAUCACAGCAUACGUGGAGUAUGUGAACCAUCCUCGCACUAGCAGCAGUGAGUCACUCCUAAUUUACGAAGUCACAACCCCGGCGACUCCGACUAUGAAUGCAGGCUAUCCGGAAGAAGAGACUGACAAGAUACACACAGAAUUCAGUGUAGCUGGAGUUGUUCACGGAGGGUUUCUAUGGUCCAGUAGUGGUAGCUGUUCGUCCACAUGCUCAAUCGGAAGCACUCAAAGAAGCCGAGAGAUUGAUUCAAUCGUCCCUGGCACCAAAGUGGCACUCGCUCUCUAUUUCUACGUCAUGUACAGUGGAUUUGACUCACGAGACGGUGACACUUUGACUACAUAUGCUGUCACUUAUCCAGCAAAAGUGGUCCAGAACAGCCCCCCUUCGGAGUCAACACAGUACAUAAGAUUGUACUUCGGAUCUGCAGGAACCAAACAUGGAUGGCUUUUACAGUCCGAUUCUGGAAAUUGUUACCCUUCACCAUGUGAGUACUUCGAGCCCUCAUGGAACUGGAUUCAGGUCUCGUCCAUAGUGCCAGGUACCCUGGUAGCUAUAUCACUCCAGGGCUUUGUCGACUACCCUGGUUUUUCGCGGCGCUUAGGGGAACCAUACGAAGUAUCUGCAAUCACAAAACCGGCAACUCCAACCGAAGUUGGAUCGAUACAAAUCCAAACUACAAUUUUGAGAGUUGGAUUUUCGUCUCAGGGAUUAAAAUCUGGCUGGCUGAUCAGUACUGACACAAACUCCUGCCCAACUUCCUCUCCUUGCUUCAUAAGCGACCCUUCUGCAACCUCGUAUUACAUUAUGAAAUUCACGCCAGGAACUCUAGUUCAGAUAUCCGUCUCGUCCUACGUUGACUACACUGGAUUUACCCGACGAUGGAGUGACACUUUAAUUGUGUAUGAGAUCACAAAACCAGCAACUCCUACAUGCACCGGAUCCAGUCCAGUUGAUAGCCGAAGUGUGAAUUUUGGUUUUGCAGUUAAAGGACUGCAUUCAGGCUGGUUGAUAAAGUCCGACUCCGGAAGUUGUGCUGCUGAUUGUGAAAUCAGCAACCCUGCAUCUAACGUGUAUACUGUUACUGGCUUAUUGCCUGGAGCUUUGGUUUAUAUUGAGGUAUAUGCAUUUGUGGAUUAUACGGGUUAUGGCAGACGAUGGAGCGACGAAGUCCGGAUGCCAGAAGUGACUAACCCGAAAACUCCGAUUGCAGCUGGAAGUGUAAUUAUGGGCACGACAACAUUUUCGGUCGGAUUUGAAGUUGACGAAGGAUCGCAUUCGGGAUGGCUAAUAUCUUCUGACGCCGGAUCAUGCCAAGGCAUUCUUUGUGAGGUUACGGAUCCCUCUGUGAGUCGAUACCAAAUCCAUGGAAUACCGUCAGGGAUCGUCGUCGCUGUUUCUGUAAACUCUUUCAUCGAGUAUCCUGGAGUGGCGGUGACAAGACGAAUAAGCGAGGCUUACCGGGUGUCGGAUGUUACGAUUCCUGCUGCUACGACUCUGGUCGGAACUCCUGAUGUUACAACGACAAGUGUUAUUAUCAAUUUUGAGGCUGCCGGCACAAAAACAGGCUGGCUAAUCGACUCCUCCCACGGAGAUUGCGUGACCACGUGCGAUUACUCGAACACGUCUCUUUCGGCUUUCUCUUUCACCGGCCUUGUUCCCGGAUCUCAAGUUCACCUUGUAGUCCGGGCGCACGCAGAUCACGUGGGUUUCACGCGGAAAAUCGGAGCUCCUCUUGACAUCUAUGAGGCGGCGACUCCUCUGAAGCCUCAAUGGGUCGCAGGAUCCGACAGUUCAACCACUACUUCGAUUGCAUUCACAAUGUCCCAAGACUCCUCACUGGGCGUGGUACACGGGUGGAUGAUUUAUUCCAACUACGGCAGAUGUGCGGCGUCAGCGUGCAUUUAUCGCAGUCAUGACCCUACAGUAGUGGUUUCGGAUCUUCCGACAGGCACGACCGUGACAAUCACAGCCAGGGCAUAUGUGAACUACGCGGGAACAGGAUUGAGACUAAGCGAGUCACUCAUCCAAACGAGAGGCACAUACCCCAACACACCUUCUGCGUCUCACAGCUCUGGGUGCAGAAACAUACAUGUUCACGUGGGCACGCCAGAAAGAUGUGCAACAAUUGAGUUCUACUUAAAUGGCGGCCAUCAUGGGAGUCAGUCAUGCCACGGCUCAAACAACUGGGACUUCCAUGGUCUCUCUAUGGGCUCAAGUUAUAAUUUUAGGGUUGUGGCGAAGUCCAGUUAUGGCCUGACAUCUUCCAGAGAAUUUUCGGCCUCCACACGCGCUUAUGCAGGAAAUUGGGCGUGCAUCAUACCAUGUUGUGGGAUCUGCUGCUAGUCUAAAUGUGGAACGAACUUCUUUCUUCAAAGUUUCAUUUGGGCGUGCAUCAUACCAUGUUGCGGGAUCUGCUGCUAGUCUAAAUGUGGAA